AGGUUGUUAUGCGUGGCGCAUGAGUCGUUACUGAAGCGUCUCACACUCCCAUGCCCGUACAAACAUUCAAACAAACCCAUUACACACAUCUCUCUCUAAUCUCUCCUUCACCUCCUUUCUGAAAAACCGCCAUUAAUGGAGAGCAUCAAAUUCUCGUUGAAUGUGUGCUUCGCAACUCUCAUUGCCGCAACUUUUCUGUUCAUAACGUCUUCUGCACUCAAGGAUGGAGAAACUUGCGUCAACGAUAAGAGCUGUGAUUCUGGAUCGCAAUGCGGAGCUUGCAACGGAAACGUCACUGUUCCUCCUCGAUGUAUUCGCAUUCAGCCUCAUAAUCCUGUUCGUAAGGUGAGAGGAUUGCCAUUCAAUCGAUACUCGUGGCUGACGACUCACAAUUCGUUCGCUAGAAUCGGUCACAAGUCGGAUACAGGUGCUGUUCUUCUUGCUCCGAUGAACCAGCAGGAUUCCAUUACUGUGCAGCUCGAAAAUGGUGUGAGAGGUCUGAUGCUCGAUAUGUACGACUUUGAGAAUGAUAUUUGGUUAUGUCACUCCUUUCAUGGGCGAUGCUUCAACUACACAGCUUUCCAACCUGCUAUCAAUGUUCUGAAAGAGGUUGAAGCUUUUCUAGAAGCAAAUCCUACCGAAAUCGUCACCAUAAUCAUCGAGGACUAUGUUACCUCACUAAGUGGCCUAACCAAGAUCUUUAAAGCUUCUGGUCUGGGCAAAUUUUGGUUUCCGGUGUCUCGAAUGCCGACCAACGGUAGUGACUGGCCCACAGUUGACUCCAUGAUUGACGACAAUCAGCGGUUGGUUGUAUUUACUACUAAAUCUUCUAAAGAAGCUUCCGAAGGUAUCGCAUAUGUAUGGAGAUACUUGGUUGAGAAUCAAUAUGGAACUGAUGGAAUGAAAAACGGUUCUUGCCCAAACCGUGCUGAGUCAGCUGCUAUGAACACUAAAUCAAGAUCGCUGGUUCUGUUCAACCACUUCCCCGACACCCCAGAUUUAACCGAAUCUUGCAAUCAGAAUUCUGGUCCACUGAUAACCAUGAUGAACACUUGCCAUGAGGCUGCUGGUAAAAGAUGGCCUAAUUUCAUUUCUGUUGACUUCUACAAGAGGAGUGACGGUGAAGGUCCACGUGCUGCUGUAGAUUUUGCUAAUGGGCAGCUAGUUUGCGGUUGUAACAACAUCGACUCAUGCAGGGCAAAGAUGACAUUUGGAGACUGCAUUGGCUCAGAGGGCAGUCCUGCACCAGCCCCAGUUAUAGAAGUAUCUACAUCAACAACAACAGUAGCAUCAGGAAGAGGAUUCAAGAAAAGGUUUGACAAUUCUGAUGGUCAACAGCUUCAUUUCGGAUGGUUGAGGCGGACAGGUUUGAUCAUCUUUUCUUUCUCAAUAAUUUGGGUUUAGUGAACUCCAUCUGAAACGUUAGAUUUCAAAUGAAGAUUGGUGUUAAGUCUCGUAUAUGAAUCAAUGGUAAUCUUGUUGCUUCUACUUGCUAUU